AUGGACGGAGCUGGCCAGCCCAACCUGCGCAUCACCAUCAUCGCCGCCGACGGCCUCUACAAGCGCGAUGUCUUCCGCUUCCCGGACCCCUUCGCCGUGGCCACCAUCAACGGCGAGCAGACGCGCACCACGAGCGUCAUCAAGAAGACGCUGAACCCCUACUGGAACGAGAGCUUCGACAUGCGCGUCAACGAGGAGAGCGUCCUCGCCGUCCAGAUCUUUGACCAGAAGAAGUUCAAGAAGAAGGACCAGGGCUUCCUCGGCGUCAUCAACGUCCGCGUCGGCUCCGUCAUCGACCUCGAUGCCGGCGGCGAUGAAAUGCUGACCCGCGACCUGAAGAAGUCCAACGACAACAUGGUCGUCCACGGCAAGCUCAUCCUGAACCUCUCCACCAACCUGCACGCCCCCAUCAGCACCCACCCCGCCGCCGCCGCGCCCCGCCCCUCGCCCUCGACCCACCCCUCGCUCAACGGCGCCGCGACCGCCGCCGCCUCGACCCCGCACCAGUCGGCCCAGAGCCUCAACCCCAACACGUACCCGGCCCAGCGACCGACGUCCGUGGCCCAGUCUGCGUCCCAGAGGCUCAGCCAGGCCGGCCCCACAGGCCCGCCCGCCACGGCGCCGCCCCCGUCAGCCAACGGCGCACCGCCAGCAGGAGCCACCCAGAACCCGGGCUACAGCGCCUUCGAGGACUCGCAGGGCCGGCUGCCCAACGGCUGGGAGCGCCGCGAAGACCACCUGGGCCGCACCUACUACGUCGACCACAACACGCGACAGACCACCUGGAUCCGGCCUGGCGCCGGCUUCAACGAGACGGACAACCGCAAUGCUGUCGCCGCAUCGACGCAGCAGGAGCGCGUGCGACACCAGAACCGCAUGCUGCCCGAGGACCGCACCGGAGCCAACUCGCCCACCCUGGCCGAGCGACAGCCCUCGCCACCCAACGCCGCCGCCAACGCUGCGAGCAUGAUGGCCACCGGCGCCACCACCGCCGGCACAGGAGAGCUGCCUUCGGGCUGGGAGCAGCGACACACGCCAGAAGGCCGGCCCUACUUUGUCGACCACAACACCCGCACCACCACCUGGGUCGACCCGCGCCGACAGCAGUACAUCCGCAUGUACGGUGGCCAGGCCGCCAACGGAAGCACCAUCCAGCAGCAGCCCGUCUCCCAGCUCGGCCCGCUGCCCUCGGGCUGGGAGAUGCGGCUCACAAACACCGCCAGAGUCUACUUUGUCGACCACAACACAAAGACCACCACCUGGGACGACCCGCGGCUGCCCUCCUCGCUCGACCAGAACGUGCCGCAGUACAAGCGUGAUUUCCGUCGCAAGCUCAUCUACUUCCGCUCGCAACCGGCGCUGCGCAUCGUGAGCGGACAGUGCCACGUCAAGGUCAGGCGAACACACAUCUUCGAGGACUCGUACCACGAGAUCAUGCGCCAAUCCGCUGCCGAUCUGAAGAAGCGACUGAUGAUCAAGUUCGACGGCGAAGACGGUCUCGACUACGGCGGUCUCUCCCGUGAAUUCUUCUUCCUGCUCUCCCACGAGAUGUUCAACCCCUUCUACUGCCUCUUCGAGUACUCUGCACACGACAACUACACCCUGCAGAUCAACCCGCACUCGGGCAUCAACCCGGAGCACCUGAACUACUUCAAGUUCAUCGGACGUGUCGUCGGCCUGUCCAUCUUCCACCGCCGCUUCCUGGAUGCCUUUUUCAUCGGCGCCUUCUACAAGAUGAUCCUCCGGAAGAAGGUCGCGCUGCAGGACAUGGAGGGCGUCGACGCCGACUUCCACCGCAACCUGGAGUGGAUGCUGAACAACGACAUCACCGACGCGCUCGAGCUCACCUUUGCUACCGACGACGAGAGGUUUGGUGAGACGGUCAGCAUCGAGCUGAAGCCGGGCGGCGACGACAUUGAAGUCACAAACGAGAACAAGCACGAAUACGUCGAACUCAUCACCGAGUGGCGCAUCCAGAAACGAGUCGAGGAGCAGUUCAACGCCUUCCUCAGUGGCUUCAACGAGCUGGUUCCCCCAGAACUGGUCAACGUCUUCGAUGAGCGCGAGCUCGAGCUGCUCAUCGGUGGCAUCGCCGACAUUGACGUCGAGGACUGGAAGAAGCACACCGACUACCGCGGGUACACGGAGAACGACGAGGUCAUCCAGAACUUCUGGAAGUGCAUCCGCAGCUGGGACGCCGAGCAGAAGUCGCGUCUGCUGCAGUUCGCCACCGGUACCUCGCGUAUCCCCGUCAACGGCUUCAAGGAUCUGCAGGGUAGCGACGGGCCGAGGAGGUUUACGAUUGAAAAGGCCGGCGAGCCGAAUCAGCUGCCCAAGUCCCACACAUGUUUCAACCGUCUCGACCUGCCGCCGUACAAGACAAACGAGGCACUCAACCAGAAGCUCACGAUUGCCGUCGAGGAGACGGUUGGUUUCGGACAGGAGUAG